AUGGCCGACCUCAAUCUUUCCGUUCCUUCGGCAUCUCAGCUCCGCCCUUGCCACGAGCCUGAGCCGUCAACCCCCUUAACACCGGACAUAAAGCCGCGCCACCGCACGAGUGACGCGGGCUCUUCGACGGCGGCGUCAGAAGUCUCCACGUGCAUGGCAUCACCCUCCUUCCUCUUCGAGACAGCCCCAACAUUCACGUUGCAGCUAGACGGUCGCGCUAGCUCCGCCGGUUCCUCGGACUUUGACGAACUGGAGGACGCACAGGUGCAACAAUUGCCAACAAGCCACACCGAGAUGCCACAUCUCGACCUCAACAAAGUGGAAAACACGCAGUCUUUAUCGUACCAAGGCGUCCUGAGUCCUCGCCAGCAGAGUGGCAAACGGUACCACGGUGGUUAUCUGCAGCACCGCGUCCCAAAAGCCGCUGGCUUACUCAAGAGCUGGAAACGGAAAUAUUUCCGUCUUCGAGAGCAUGGACUCGUAUGCUACAAGACACAAGACGCCGCAACAUCGCUGUUUGAGGUGAAGUUCACACGCAACUCGGUGCUGGAACAUGAUAGAAAUCAAACACAACAAGCACCAAAUACGCCCAAACAAUGUGCAGACGCCAGUGACACAUCGGAAAAGCGCCGACGAACGUGGACUUCAUCCAGCUCAUCGUUGACGCUUGUACUGACGCACGUCGAGAUCACAGGACACCAAACACCUGCCAAAGCUGUCGACGUGCCAGUAUUUCUAAAGGCAGAAGACGAAACCGACCACGCCGCAUGGACAGAGUGUAUACAGUUCAUGCUCGAAGCUCGAAAACGCCACGAGAAGACGUCACACGAUCAUGUUCAGUCGAGCUCUGUGGAUCUCACCAGCACCGUAGUAGAAGUGGGGACAUUCGACGCCUUUUCUGCAAGGUAUAUGUUGAUGAAGGAGAUCGGCGAAGGCUCUUUCUCGAUCGUUCAUCGUGCAGUCAACCGCAUGACUGGACAGGUAUGUGCAGUAAAGUGCUGCAAGAUCUCGCAGGCGCUGGAAGAAGAGGAGCGACUGCUACGCACUCUGUCGCACCCCAACGUCGUCAGUCUCGAAGGUGUUUACGAGCGCGACACGAAUCUCCAUUACGUGGUCAUGGACUAUUUGAAAGACGGCGACUUGUGCGAUCAGCUCAUUGAACGCCAACGUCUUCCAGAACCUGAAGCUCGACGCAUCAUUCGUCAGGUAGUCGAGGGACUCGCGUAUUUGCAUCGUCGCUGUGUGCUUCAUCGCGAUAUUAAACCGGAGAAUAUCCUGAUCCACGGGAACAUGGUGAAAAUUGCAGAUUUCGGGCUGGCCAAGCAGCUCGAGAGCUCUUCAACGAUGCUCAAGCGCAGCUGUGGCACGCUGGAAUAUGCUGCUCCAGAGCUGCUGUGUGGACAGCCGUAUGGCUUGAAAUCCGACGUCUUCAGUCUUGGUAUCGUGCUGUAUGUGCUGCUCUUCGGUGCCUUCCCGUUCAGUGUGGAGUCUGCAGCAGCGUUGCAGUGUAUGGAUCACUUCCCAACCGGUGUAGACGUACGAGACAUGAGCUGCUUGAGUCUCUCGAAUGUGCAGUGGCGGACGGUGAGUCCCUUGGCACAAGACGUUCUGCUGCAGAUGCUGAAGACAAACGACGCCGAGCGAAUCUCUGCUGAAGAAUUACUGAGCCAUCCGUGGUUUGACCAUGUCAAUGCUAACGCCAGCAACGCACAAGAGCUGGAACGUGUUCGUAUCGAAGACUGCGAAGCUCUGGGAUUCGCCGAGUUGCUGUCUCGUGGCUUCCAAGUUGUCAAAUUUGGCUACAAGCCAUCGACAACGCCACACUCCACUUCUUUGACCGUCAACUUCAUGGAAGAAAGCGUCACUUGGACUGCCAGGAAGAAUGCAGUGUCGACCAACAAAACUUCUGGUAAGCGUGGACGUACCAUCCAGCUUCGUGAGAUCAUGGAGAUCCGAGAGGGUCACUCUACCGAGGCGUUCCAAUCGCUCAAGUCUGCGCCACCUUCCGAGCUCUGCCUGUCCAUCAUUUGUCCAUGGCGAACGCUCGAUCUGGUGGUGGAGACUCCGCGUCAACGCGAAUUUGUGGUGCGUGGCCUCCGACGACUGCUCCCCAGCCACUCACUGUAG